AUGAAGAUCCACAAUUGCGAAAGGCUAUACCUGUGCAACACCUGCGGAAAAUCGUUUACUAAAUCAUCAAAUCUUAAACGCCACAUAAUCACACACACGGGUGAGAAGCCCUACAUCUGCAAAACAUGUGGAAAAAGUUACACAGAACGUUCCAACCUGGUGGUUCACUCAAGGACCCACACUGGCGAAAGGCCGUACAUGUGCAACACCUGCGGAAAAACCUUUACUAAAUCAUCAAAUCUUAAAAGCCACAUAACCACGCACACGGGCGAGAAGCCCUACAUCUGCAAAACAUGUGGAAAAAGUUACAGGCUACGUUCCCAGCUAAUGAUUCACUCGAGGACCCACACUGGCGAAAGGCCGUACCUGUGCAACACCUGCAGCAAAACCUUUACUAAUUUAUCAGAUCUUAAACGCCACAUAACCACGCACACGGUCGAGAAGCCCUACAUCUGCAAAACAUGUGGAAAGAGUUACAGGAUACUUUCCUACCUGGUGGCUCACUCAAGGAUACACACCGGUGAAAGGCCGUUCGUGUGCAACACCUGCGGAAAAACCUUUACUAAAUCAUCAAACCUUAAAAGCCACUCGAGGAUCCACACCGGCGAAAGGCCGUACCUGUGCAACACCUGUGGAAAAACCUUUACUGAAUCAUCAGUUCUUAAACGGCACAUAACCAUGCACACGGGCGAGAAGCCACAAGAAAAUGUUUGUAAGGUGGAGGAGGACGGGGUUUUCAGUGACCAGCACCUGGAUAACCUGGAGAGGAGCUGCAGCCCGGACCAGGAGGAACCAGGGCAUCCACAGACUACAGGACUGGAGGAAGACUCCAGCGGUCAGGAGAUGAAGCACGAGGACGUAGAGGUGGAUGUCUCAUUGAUCAAUGUCGCUGAUGUGAAAGUUGAAAAUGAUGAACCAGGACCAAACUGUGGCCAGCUGCUGUUGCACACUUCUCCUGAAGCUCAAAACAAAGAUGAGGAAGGGACUGAAAGUUUACGCUCAGACUCCAGUAAAACUGCAGAUCCGGAGCCAAUGAGACGACACGGUGACCACGAGGAUGCUGCUGUCCCGUCAGACAGCAACUGUAAAUCAAAGCUGACCAGGACCCACAUGGGGAAGAAGGUAUUUUCUUGCAGCACUUGCAGGAAAGAGUUCAGUAAAAGUUGUAAUUUAAUGGCUCACAUGAAGAUCCACACUGACGAAAGGCCAUACCUGUGCAACACCUGCGGAAAAUCGUUUACUAAAUCAUCAGAUCUUAAACGCCACAUAACCACGCACACGGGCGACAAGCCCUACAUCUGCAAAACAUGUGGUAAAAGUUACAGGCUACGUUCCCACCUGCUGGUUCACUCAAGGAUCCACACGGGCGAGAAGCCGUACCUGUGCAACACCUGCGGAAAAACCUUUACUCAAUUAUCAGCUCUUAAAAGCCACAUAACCACGCACACGGGCGAGAAGCCCUACAUGUGCAAAACAUGUGGUAAAAGUUACAGGCUACGUUCCCACCUGCUGGUUCACUCGAGGAUCCACACGGGCGAGAAACCGUACCUGUGCAACACCUGCGGAAAAACCUUUACUCAAUUAUCAGCUCUUAAGAGCCACAUAACCACGCACACGGGUGAGAAGCCCUACAUCUGCAAAACAUGUGGAAAAAGUUACAAGCAACUUUCCCACCUAGUGGUUCACUCGAGGAUCCACACCGGUGAAAGGCCGUACCUGUGCAACACCUGCAGCAAAACCUUUACUAGAUCAUCAUCUCUUAAAAGCCACAUAACCAUGCACACAGGCGAGAAGUGAUAUUUGUGCAAGAUGUGCAACAAAGGUUUAAGCCGCAGAAUUGAUUUGCUGAGUCACAUGAAAAAUCACCCGGAGGAGAAGUCUGGUGACUCGUGACAAAUGAAGCUCAUGUUGUCGUCAGGUUGGAGAUUCCUUCUGUAGCAGAAACUUGCACUUCCUCAAAACCUUGUGCAACAAGCCUGGCUUUUGGUACCAGUCCAUUCUCCAUCUCUUUCAGAGUGCAAACUCAACGAGUGGGGAUACACUUUUGUAAUAAUAAUUACAAUAAUAAUAAAAAUAAUAUGAUAAUGGAGGGAGGACUUUGAAUGUAUGAAAGAAUGAAUGAAAUGAAAACUGCAAAAGUCAUCCCACUGUACAGAACUGGAGACAGACACCAAUUCACUAAUUACAGGCCUGAUUCUUUACUCCCAACAUUUUCUAAGAUCUUAGAAAAAUUAUUUAUUUACAGGUUGGACAAAUUAAUGCCAAUCAAAAGGCCACGCCCCUAAUUACGCAUUAAACUUCUUGCUUUAUAUAAUUCCAACCUGCCACAAUACGAGGAAAAAGAGGCUUCA